AAUUUAACUUCGACUUUUUGUUGGAGGUUUUGGAAAACGGUGUCGCACGAAAUAGUUUUCAUUCAAGCUGUUUGCUUGUAACGGUGGCUCAAUAUGGAUAAUAUUAAAGUUUGUUGUGUCCAGGUUCUAAUUUUAACGUUCCUGUCCGCAUGCAACGGUCAGUUCGGAAGUGGCGGAGGGGGCCGGUUCGGAGGUGGUGGAGGGGGCAUGUGUUUGGAUGGUUCUCGAGGGUCUCAGAGAUGUACUGACGAUACGACAUGCUCAAGAGGGACAUAUUGUUUCCAACGAUAUUCACGUAGAGGAGUAUGUUGCGCUAGUGGUGCACCCGUUGAUGGAGGUGGAAUGGGUCCAGGUGGAAUAAUGGAGCCUGGUAUGGGACCUGGUGCAAUGAUGGGGCCUGGUAUGGGACCUGGUGCAAUGAUGGGGCCUGGUAUGGGACCUGGUGCAAUGAUGGGGCCUGGUUUUGGAGCUGGACCUGUUGGAAGCAUGGGCCCUAGUAUGGGUUAUAGCGAUGCAAUGAGUCCUGCUGGAAGUAUGGGAACAGUUGGGCCAAUGGGUUACAGCGGAACAAUGAGUCCUGGCGGAGGAAUGAGUUAUGGGGGAGGAAUGGAGUCAGGAAGAGGUAUGACUGCCGCUAGAGGAAUGGGGCCUACAGGAGCUGAUGGUUAUAUUGAUGCAAUGAGCCCUGAUGGAUCAAUGAGUUACAGUGGAACAAUGGGUCCUGGCGGAGGAAUGAGUUAUGGGGGAGGAAUGGGGCCAGAGAGAGGUAGAGGAAUGGGGGCUACAGGAGCUGGUGGUUAUAUUGAUGCAAUGAGCCCUGAUGGAUCAAUGAGUUACAGUGGAACAAUGAGUCCUGGUGGGGGAAUGAGUUAUAGGGGAGGAAUGGAACCGGAGAGAGGUAUGACUGCCGCUAGAAGAAUGGGUUCUACAGGGGCUGGUGGUUAUGAUGGUGGAGCUAUGAGUUAUCCUGGAGGAACUGGUCACGGUGGAGUUACACCAACUGGAGGCAUGAGUCCCGGAGGAAGAAUGAGUUAUGGGGAAAGAAUGGGCCCAGAGGGACAUAUGUCUCCUGCUGGAAGAGUAGGUCCAGGAGGAGCUGGUGGUUAUAGUGGAACGAUGGGCCCCGCUGGAGCUAUGAGUUAUGAUGGAGGAAUUAGUCCCGGUGGAGCAAUAGGCUUUCGUGAAACAAUGGGUCCAGCUGGAGGCAUGAGUCCAGCUGGGGAAAUGGGUUCUGCUAGGGGAAUGGGUUCUGCUGGGGGCAUGAGUCCAGCUGGGGAAAUGGGUUCUGCUAGGGAAAUGGGUUUUGCUAGGGGAAUGGGUUUUGCUGGAGGAAUGGGUUCUGCUAGACCUACGAGUAGAAGUUCAGCAGGAGGUAGAAGCAGUUUCGAUGUCAGAAUGGGAUCACCACGUGGUAGUAUGCCACCUGGGGGACGUGCUAUGCCGUCAAGAGGAGGAAUGCGAGCAGGUGGUGAUAGGGGUGCAGGUAGUAGAAGCACCGGUUCAAGCUCUGAACGCGGUCGUUGCCCAGAAGUAACACAAAGAACUUGUGACGACAGUAGACGGGUCACAGACUGCUUUGCAUCUGAUAGCGUGUGUCGUAGCAAUGAAAAAUGUUGCCCAGAUCCAUGCGGUUAUGUCUGUAAACCUUAUGUGUAAAUAAUCUGUAUGAAGUUAAAGAAAUAAAUCGACCUUGAUUAAAGUU